GAGAGGGCGUAUAAGGACUCGAACGGCGGGCGUCUGGUAUAAUCGGCUGGCGGUAGUGGCAGACACGUGAGAUGUCUCGCUGUCGUUUCCUGCAGCGGUGGACUAUUCGUGCAGAGACUGGUGGGGGUGGGACGUGGAAUGUUUUGUAGUGAUGGAGGGACCGGUGAUGGUGGUGUGUGCGAGUGAGAGGGAGAGGGAGACAAAGGUUCGUGACAAGGAAGAGCAACCAAGAAAGCCAGCCCACUACCGAUUAUUGGCUGUCCAUCUUCUCUUGGACUUCAUACUUCACCUCUUGAUUCCUCUUCCCUCAGCGAAAUGCAACUUGCUAGAGGGCCUCAAUAGAGCGUUAUGCUUCCAUCUUCAUCUCCAGACUCCGCCAGCACUGUUCAUUGAACCUGACUGUGGCUCGGUUCAUGCGAUACUAGAGAAAUAGCUUGGCAGUAUAUAUAUAUGUCUGGCAUGCCCCAAGAUUGCGCCUAUAUUCCGACCUGGUCGAGCACAAGAUCAAUAUUGAAAGCUUGCAGCCGCUCGUGGACGUGAAAGGAAGCAUGCUCGCUCGUCGAUGAAACGAUGUCGUAGACCAGAUCACCGGGGCCACUCGCCAUCCGAGAAACCUCCACGGAGCGCUGUCCAUGCGCCUACAUUGAUGCCAAAGAGCUUGGUCUCGGUCGAUUUGCCUUCUGCAGUAUAUUUGCCUUCUGCAGUAUAUUUGCCUUCUGCAGUAUACCAGGUGGUGACCAGGCGUGCACGGCAUUUCAAGCACAGCUCUUGGGUGAGAAGUGAAUUCUCGGACUGGCCCUUACUGCGACGCAUCUACAUCACAAGGAACGCCACUGUGUACCGCCGAGCUGACUAUCUGGACGAUGAACAGAGAGACACUCGUGCUAUGCGUGUCUUGCUAGCAGCGGCGACAACACGAGACGGCACUAGUCACUCGCUCACGAGGAGGGAAGUAAGUGUGGAUUCCGCCAAGAACUUCACCAGCGCAUGGUGUUGUACGCAUACUCUAUUUUCGACUUGAUCUUGGACUCAACUCCACACUGCAUCUGCUCUUCCAAACUCGAUCCCAUUGCCUCGCGGUUCGCCCAACACAUCUUCUACGCAAAGGACAAAGUGCAGCGCGGUGAUUUUGGCCUCGCGACAGUCAGUGGGAACGAAGGGACACGACUGCGCGCUGACAUCUGGAAUCGCGCCUCCUCCGAAAAACAUCACGCGAGUAAAGUUGACGACCAACCUACAUCUGUCCAGGCUCGAACUACCACACCUCCUUGUUCCUCUUGCCUCACACGAUCGAGCACUACGUGCGUACAGCAGUCAGCCGACGAGAUGGAAAAUUUAGUGGACUUGUCGCAAGCCGUUCGGGUAGUGAGCGUAGACGACCUCGCGAUCACCUUCACAGCAUACCGGAUUAACGCCAGCAGCCCACCACUCCGCCGCAACAUGGGCUCGAACAGCAGACAUCAUCAGCUGGUGGUCGAAUUCCCCUGCUUUGAUCUGCUUCCAUCCGGUGGUCGCCUGGUGCUCGAGCAACCAGUGAACAUCAAACAUCGCGAACGACCCCAGGACAACGGCUUCUUCGAGCACAACCAUCCGGAUGCCAUGGUCCGCCUCGAAACGCGCGCGGACGUGUCACACUCUCACGUUCCAGUAUUUGAGAGGAAAUACCGACUCGAAGACAUGAUCGCGCGCUUAUCGCUUGCACCGGGCUUCAGUACCCUCAAGAUCAUCUCUUUUCAAGUCGCUGGCCAAGUGGUUCAUCGGUUCCAGCUCCAGACGAAUUGGGUUACCGCACAAGCACAAGCGUUGUUUUCACACGAGAUGCAGAACUUCGAGGCGUCCGAAUACGAGUGGAAUUUGAUACGGGAGCGUGGUUCGCGUGAGCUGUGGGUGAAGCUUCUGGACACUCAUAUGAAUCGUGCCACGGACUUCUCGUUCCUUCAAGUACAUGAGCGGAUGAAGCAGCACGACGUGAGGAUGGCGGAGUGCGAUAUGCAGAUCCUUGCGCCUUUGUGGGACACGGAGCCUUUCCAGUCCGCCAACAAUGUUCUCAAGUUGCGCAUGCGUAAGCUGCACACGUUUGAACUCGACAGUGAACAGGACUUGUACGAGCUGCCUUGUGGUCACCAGUUCAUGUGCAAUGACACAUAUCUGAUGACCGUCAUGACUGAGGAAGAGUGUCGCGAUACGAAGUGCCCCCAAUGCAACCAAACCAUCCUCAACUCCGACGAGGACUUUAUUCGUCUGGCCAUCGUCCACGACCGUCGAGUUCGGGAGCAAAAGAAGCGGGACGAGACAACAUGGGAACAGUUAAAAGCGGAUUUCCAGCUCGGCAUCCACAACCAGCCCCGCGACACCAACGAGAACUUCCCCGUCUCAUGCAGAGACUUCCGACAAGCGCUGCUGGACGCUCGAAACUCCUUCCACCUUCCCCUGACGACCAUGCCGCACGAGAUCAAUUUCGUCAAUUACCCGGAAACCGAACACAUCCAAGACAUGCUGUUGAAGCAACUCACCACCGACUACCAACCCAUGAUCGUCUCCGGCGAAGUCACCCUGGGCCUCCUCAUCAAAUUCGCGUCCAAUGCUCUCCAGCACUACAUCGGAGGAGUCGCCGGAAACACCCCCAACGACGAUGUCUGGACCACUCUCCCUCCCACCUACCGCCACUUUCUCCUCGCCUGGUUUACGCGCACGUUGCAUCUCAAUUAUGCCCGGUUCAAGCAGACGUGGCAGAAUGUGGCACAUGCCAUGGACGAGCUGUGCGUCCAGAAACCUGAUGAUUCCUAUCGUCUGGGGUAUAAGCUCGAUUUGAGCUUCAUGGGCAAGCGGGGAAAAAGGGGCGACAACACCACUGCAGGUGGGGAACGAGAGGGCGGCGGCGGCGGAGGCGGCGACGACGACGUGGUGACGUAUUGUCCAGAAGAGGGCGAUUGGAAGAAGGUUGUGAAGCAGUUUGAGUAGGCGGCGGAAUUCCCUUUGUUUAUGGUUAAUAGUGUUAUGUUCAGCGAGCGGAUAACGGAUGCCUUAGUCUUCCGUAACAUAAGACAGAGAGAGAGAGAUAGAGAGCC